AAUAGUGGUGCAUUUCUUUCCAGUGGGUCUCAAUCAACACUGAUUUACAGAAAUCUUGGAAGAUGAAGAUGAAGAGUGGUACGAAAAUAUUCCUGUCAUGUUUAAUGGUUGGAUUAUUGAUGACUUUGAUUGUAAAAAGAUACUUCGUCGCUGUCAGUUACGAUGAUACGAAUACAGAAAGGAUAUUUCCAUCCACAACAAAGGGAAAAAAUAAGGACUCAGCCCUGGGAGUUUUGAGUUCAAAAGAAGAUGUUUACUGUAUAAGAACUAAAUACUUAACAGACUCAGCCCAGGUUGACUUUAAGCCAAAAGAUGAUUUCAACUGCAUAAGAACGAUUGAACAAUACAGGACUUUUGAUGGUACUUUCUUUAUUCCACCUGACCAUAUUUUGACAUCAUUACCCCAAAAUGUUAUUGAUUGUUUAUAUCAAAGAAUAACUACAACAAUACAAUUUUUUUGUGGAAAACGAAGUCGACAUGGAUCGGUAAAGAACGGGUGGAAUAUAUGUACAGAUGGAUGCUUUAAACCAAAUUUUAAAACAGUUAUCCAUGUGAUGAGCACAGUAAAUGAUUUUGAAAAUAUCCAGAGUAUCAACAUGACUUAUAAGAUCAACGUUCACAGCCAUACACCAAGCGUAAAAAGUGGAACAGAUGAAAUAUAUGCAUCAGAAAAGAGUAACAAUAGAACUGUAGGUCAACCCACAAAGCUUGAUGAAUGGAGCUAUGCAGUAAAAAGAAAAUUGAAUGGCCAGGGUAUACUAAUUAUUGAUGUUGGCAACCUUACUGAGAGAGUUGUUGAUCACGUGAUAAAGAGUGGAAUGCUUAAUGAAAUACAACAGCUAUCUAUUCGGAUUAGUUAUGGAGAUCCUAAAUCUGGAAUCAAGUAUUUGUCAGCACUUAAACAAUUGAGAAAGCUGUUUGAAGCAGGGUUUAGAAUAUACUGGUCGAGACCAGAAUGGUUCGGUAUUCUUUCGAAUAACAAGAACAGAACAAGCUGUGUCUAUCUUGAUAUGGUUUACAAUGUAUGUAGAGGUUUACUAAAGUCGACAGGUCUAAAUAAGGAGUAUAGUAUACAGCAAAUAAUAGCAGAUCGUGGACAAGUACGAAUACCAGAGGACAAAGAGAUUGUAAAAUGUUCACCAGAACAGCGGUAUGACCUAUACGUAAGAUAUUUGACAUCGACACAGAUUCAUUGUAAAGAAGUGUUACGGUUAGGUCACAUGACCGAUGGUGGAUGGAAUGUUUGUCAUGAUAAACCGUACAGACCUUCAAAUCCAUGCUUGGCUUAUUCAUUCGGCAUAAACUGGGACUUUAGUUUUGAUGAUGUUUUGGUGGAAACAUACGGAUGUGACGUCCACUCAUUUGAUCCGAGUAUGAAACGGUCUGACUUUAGACGUGGUGACCAUAUAUGGUUCCAUAACCUGGGAAUAAGCGAUAAAACAUCGAAAAAAGGAACAUGGAGUGUUUCCACAUUAGAAGAUAUAUUACAUAAUUUGAACCACUCUUUUCGAAGAAUUGACAUUCUGAAAAUGGAUGUAGAGGCGAUGGAAUGGCAAUCUUUUCCAAAUAUGAUCAAAUCCGGUGCUCUAGCCAAUGUAAGACAGAUGUUAAUAGAAUUUCAUACCGUAUCAGCAUCGUUGAAACAAUUGGAAACGCUUCGAGACAUAUACAACGAAGGAUUUAGAAUAUUUUGGUACCACAGAAAUCCAGCACCAAGCAACUUAAGACAGGGCAAAUUUGUCCAACACACUGCCUGCUAUGAAGUGUAUUUUGUUAGAGUCUGAUUUUUUUUAACGAAAUAUUGUAUAAAAUAUAAUUAUUAAA